UUAAAUGAACUAUAAGAAAAAACGGAGAAAUAAAGGGCGUGAUAAUUUACCUAAAAGGAUAAGCGAGUUUUUUUUUUUUUUUUUUUUUUUUUUUUUUUUUUUUUUUUAUGUUUAGAGAGCCACAAGGGCGGGUGAUGAGAAUCGAUCCUAGGAUCACCUGGGACCGGGAGGGGAGCUCUAACCACUUGAGCUAUCCCUCGCUCUCAAAGGAUAAGCGAGUUUGAUAGCAAGCUAAAAUGUUACGACUAACGAGUAUGAAGCAACUUUAAUUGUAAGGUACACCUGUACGAUUGUACCCAAAAAUAAAAAUGUAAGAGUACGAAGCAUCGUUAAUUGUAACUCAUACACUCGUACUUAAAAGUUGUACAAAUUCAUGUGAUUAUUGGAUUAGGGUAAUUCAAUUUAACAAAACUUAUGCCUUAAUUUUGAUUUUUGAUAUUCAAUUUAAAGUAAGUGAUAGGAACAAUCAACAUCCACUACCAAGUGUCCAAGUACCCCACAAACUUACCCUACCACCGCCCACAACAUAUGAACACUGCUUACUCUUAUAAACUCCGGAUAUUGCGAUCAGGUCUUUCUGGCUCUUUCCUUUCUUCUUUCCCGCCAUUGUUGCUGCUUCUCUUUUCAAUCAAAAACUCUCAUUUUUCAUGGAUUCUGAGACUAAUCCUCCUAAAUCUGUCAAAACCAGGCAUAAAUGCUCAGCUUGCUAUAAGCAAUAUAAUAAAAAAGAGCAUCUUGUGGAGCACAUGAAGGUCUCUUACCACUCGGUGCACCAACCUAAAUGUGGAGUAUGUAAGAAACACUGCAGAUCAUUUGAAUCUCUCAGGGAGCAUUCAAAAGGUUUGUUGGCAAAAGACAACUGCAGUAGAAUCUUUCAUGAACUGGGAUGUGGUCUUUGCAUGAAAAUAUUUGACAGCUGCAUUUUGUUAAGUGAGCAUAAAUGGACUUGUCAGCUACCUCCACCUACUCGCCUUGGUACCAUAUCAUUGCCUUCUAUGGAACUGAAGAACUCGAUUUCUGACAGAAGCAAUGGUCUCCCAAAGAUUCAUGAAGCAGUUGCGAUGGACUGUGAAAUGGUUGGAGGUGGUAGUGAUGGAACUCUUAAUUUAUGUGGUAGGGUUUGCCUUAUUGAUGAGAACGAGGAUAUAAUAUUUCAUGCUUAUGUAAAACCUCAAAUGCCUGUUACUGAUUACAGAUCUGAUUUGACAGGCUUAAGUGAAGAACAUCUAAGAGAUGCAAUGCCUUUGAAAGAAGUGCAGGAAAAGAUUCUGGAAAUCCUAUAUAAUGGCGAGUCCAUAGGAAUAGUGAGAGUUGAUGGUGGAAAGGCCAAGCUUCUUGUGGGUCACUCUCUGGAGCAUGAUUUGGAUUGUUUGAAUAUGACUUAUCCAGACCACCUGAUCAGGGAUACGGCCAAAUAUCAGCCGCUGAUGAAAACAAAUUUGGUCAGCCACUCACUCAAAUAUCUGACAAAAAUGUACCUUGGUUAUGAUAUUCAGAUGGGAAUACACGAUCCUUACGAAGACUGUGUCUCUGUAAUGAGGCUGUACAAGAGAAUGCGUGACCAAGAUCAUCUCAAAGAUUUCGUGGGAUCAUGCUUACCCAGUCAGGUUACUGAAUUUAUUACCAAUGAGUUUGAUUGUUGCAAAAUGAAAGAUCUUGAGAAGCUGACACCUGAUGAACUUCUCGAGAUGUCAAGGUCAAAGUAUCGUUGUUGGUGUUUGGACACAGUCCCGAAGGUACGGCUAUAAAUAAGUCCCUAGUUGAUGCCACUCAACUUGAGAGCACAGCAAAGAGUCUGAAGAGUUGAAAAGUUGUGAAUAGUGAAUACUAGUGAAAGGUUUUGUUACCGUGGUCUGUUCAUAGUAUCGGUUGAAACUUGAAACCAUAGGGUUCGGCUUCCAUUAUCAAAUUAGAGGAAUUCACCCCCUUUUGGAAUUAAGUCUUUGGUACAGUUAGAAAUAGAAUCAUCUGAAUUCUAGGGUAUGUAAUUUUGGGAGCACAAACUCUGUAUUUUCGCUCCUAAAAUCCGAGCAAUGUGGAUCAGUGGAUGUAGUUAAACUCCAGGGAAGUUAUUUUGACUUGGGUUUUCUGGCCAUCCGGUCACCAUACCUCUAGUACCCUAUAUGAGAGACUGGCCUUUAAACAGAAUCAUCUAUGUUUUUUUUUA